GGCGUGUGCGUGUUUCCGGCUCCGCUGCGGAAGAGGGGCGACUUGAGCGGUUGGGCCUUACGGCAAUUCGAGGAAGGGAUACUGUUCUAGACUCGAGUGCAGACCACCAGGCCAGGGUCGGGACCGGCGCGAUGGGCGGAGAGCAAGAAGAGGAGCGUUUCGACGGCAUGUUGCUGGCCAUGGCGCAGCAGCACGAGGGCGGCGUGCAGGAGCUUGUGAACACCUUCUUUAGCUUCCUUCGGCGCAAAACAGACUUUUUCGUUGGAGGAGAAGAGGGCAUGGCAGAGAAGCUCAUCACACAGACCUUUAACCACCACAACCAGCUGGCUCAGAAGGCACGGCGGGAGAAGCGAGCUCGGCAGGAGACUGAGCGGAGGGAGAAAGCCGAGCGGGCUGCCAGGCUGGCCAAAGAAGCCAAGGCAGAGAACAACGGGCCACAGAUCCAGGAGCUGACUGAUGAGGAGGCAGAGAGGCUCCAGUUGGAGAUUGACAAGAAAAAGGAUGCUGAGAAUCAUGAAGCUCAGCUUAAGAAUGGCAGCCUUGGUCCCCCAGGGAAGCAGGAGGCUGACGAGGAUGAAGAGGAGGAGGACGAGAAGGACAAAGGGAAACUGAAGCCCAACUUAGGAAAUGGGGCUGACCUGCCCAACUACCGUUGGACCCAGACCUUGUCAGAGCUGGAUCUGGCAGUGACCUUCCAUGUUAACUUCCGGCUGAAGGGGAAGGAUGUGGUGGUGGACAUCCAGCGACGGCACCUUCGGGUGGGGCUCAAGGGGCAGCCACCAAUCAUUGAUGGGGAGCUGUACAACGAGGUGAAGGUAGAGGAGAGCUCCUGGCUCAUUGAGGACAACAGAGUGGUGACUGUGCAUUUGGAGAAGAUCAACAAGAUGGAGUGGUGGAGUCGCUUGGUGUCUACUGACCCUGAGAUCAAUACCAAGAAGAUAAAUCCUGAGAACUCCAAGCUAUCAGACCUGGAUAGUGAGACACGGAGCAUGGUGGAAAAAAUGAUGUAUGACCAGAGACAGAAGUCCAUGGGGCUGCCCACCUCAGAUGAGCAGAAGAAACAGGAGAUCCUGAAAAAGUUCAUGGAUCAGCAUCCAGAGAUGGACUUCUCCAAGGCCAAAUUCAACUAGCUCUGUGUUUGCCUCCCUGAACUCUUGGGAGCUAUCCAACCUCCUUUCCCAUCAUUCCCUAAGACUCUGGGAGCCUUGGGGCUGGGCAGACAGAGGGCUGGCCCAGGUACAUGGGUUCCAGGACAUGGGAGAAGGGCCGGGGCCUUGGAGGUCUUGCUCUCGUGGUAGGCCUACUGUUACACAUUAAAGCUAUUCACCCAA